UCGUUCAUCGCUGGCUCAUCGCCGUCAUCGCAGCACAUCCUUUUGGUGGCGGUCACCAGCCAGCCCGAGACCCGUCCCGCCCCCAACCAACCAACCCGUCCCGACUUAUCCCACUUGCAGCCUCAUUACCCACGGUCGACGCAACGUUGGCUCACCAGACUCGCCGUCACCAGGCUGCCAAAUAGCCAACCAACCAUUAGCCUAGCCCGGCCCCCAUCUUACCGCUCGGUGUCUCGCAAAUCGUAUUCACUGGGCUCUGACCGUUUUUGUCCCAUCCCGAGUCGUAUAACACGUCGCCCGCCCCUCCGCCGGCUCUUUGUCACAAAGCUGCCACUGCUUCUGCCUUGAACACCGUUUUGCGUUUGCAAUUUUCUCUUGCAAAUCCUCAAAAGCGAUCCCUUUAACAACAACUUAAAAGGUAUUCCAUCGACAGGAUCGCCCAGUACUUUAAUCGCCUGCACCCACCACCCACCCACCACCACCGCUGUUCACUUGUUGGUUACCGCCCUGCCCGCCACCAGCGCGACCGCCCGCGACCCAACACGCACCGCCGUGCGUUGCACCCAACCAACAAAAGCAACGUAAACCCUCGCCCACCACCUUUUCCAAAACAGACACAAAAAAAUACCCUCAUAAUGUCGACAAUAACACCGUCUCCAUGCUCGUCGCGGUCGGCGAGCAUUUUUGAACUCCCACGAAAGAAGUGGAAGACUCGCAAGUCAAGCACCAGCACCACAGAUUCAGCCCUCUCCACCGAAGCCAUGGAGCGCAUCGAAGAGGAGAACCGCAAAUGGGUUCGCACAUAUCUCGUCAACUUUUUACAACAAUGUGCCUGGAAUGAUCAGCUCGAGCAAAUCUCCAUCAACUGGGAAUACGUCCCCUCCAUGCAAGAGCUUGAGAGCUAUGGCAAGCUUAGCGAGAGUGAAGGAACUCGUGCCUGCAGAAAGCUCUUCAAGGCUGCCGUCAUCUGGGAUGACCUUGGCCACGCCCUCUGGAAGACUCUCCAGGCCGCAGACGCAGAGCAGCAGCAACAGAAUGCCGCUGAAGUCUCUUCCCCUGCGCCUGUCGACUUCAACUCCCCCACUCCCUUCAAGAUCCCCAGCUUCACCAUCUCCCCUUCCUACCAAGCUGAAGAACAAUACACCUUCUCCAGCUUCGAUUCCCGAGACUACACUAUCCCUACCGCAAGCGAGGACAACAUUGCACCUCACAUUACUAGCGAGAGCCGGCCAUCUAGAUGCCGAAGCAACUCUCGUACAUUUGCAAUGACUCGAUCUUUUACUCAGUCAUGCGCCAGCGCUAUGAAGAAAGCCUUUGGUGACAAGGCUGACAAUCACGUUACCAGACGUGCCAUCCGGUGAAAGACACCCAUGGCAUGUCGUCUUAUUUCUUUUUCUGUUCUUUUGGAGUCAAAAGGGAACCUGUCAGGAUACGGAAACAUUGCAUUUUGUUUAUUUAGCGACGCAUUUACAUGGAGUUUAGAACUACUACAUCGCAUUAGAGAUACCACUUAGCCACAUGCACACGCUUUGCAAUACUGCAGCGAUGUUGGCACAUUAAUUAACAACCUUGAACUACAUA